AUGACCUACAGAGGAUUGGCUGCACUAUUACUGAUCCAAAUUUUGCUUCCAAAUAUCAAAGGUGAGUCUCAGUUAAUCGGAUCAGCGCCUGUAGUAGGAUUAGUAGGACAUUACUGUGUUCUGCCAUGUAGCCUCCAACCCACAGAAAACGUUGCAGAGAAGACCGUGGAGUGGACAAGAUCGGACCUGAAUCCCAGUUAUGUGCAUAUUUUCCGUCAGGGGAGGUUGUUGUAUGACGACAUAAACCCAUCCUUUCUGCAGAGGGCGAAUUUGUUCGAGCAGGAGCUGAAGAACGGCAACAUGUCGUUAAAACUAAGUGACCUUAAAAUCUCUGACACGGGGACGUACACCUGCAAACUAAUAACCAAGUCUGAGUCUUUUAUUCAAGUCUCUGUGAUCAUCGGUGCCUUAUCCGAGCCACAAAUCACUCUUGAGAGAUCUGACGACAAGCUGGUCUUUAAGUGUGAGGCCAGGAACUGGUACCCAGAGCCUGAGAUAGAGUGGAGGGACAGCGAAGGACGCGUCAUUCCUCCUGAGGACAUUUCUAAACAACACGACGAAUAUUUCUCGAUCAACAGCAAAAUCAUAGUGAACAUCCCAGCCAGCGAAAAUUACACGUGCACAGUUCGCCAACGGGACAUCGGAGAAGUCAGGGAGGCCAGUUACACCACAGGCAAGUCUUCUUUUAUACAUCCUGAGACACCUCCAGAGAUCACCUCUGUUCUGAAUGAUCACAGUCUUUGAACCAU